CGUGCGGCGAACAUGGCGGAGCGCGUGAGGAAGCGGCCCUGCGGCCCGGGUGAACACGGGCAGAGAGUCGAGUGGCGAAAAUGGAAGCAACAGAAGAAAGAGGAGAAAAAGAAGUGGAAGGAUCUCAAGCUGAUGAAAAAACUGGAGCGGCAGCAGGCACAGGAGGAAGAGGCAAAGCGCCAGCAGGAGGAGGAGGCAGCUGCAGAGAGGGAGGACCGGGGGCGGCCCUACACCCUGAGCGUGGCCCUGCCAGGCUCCAUUCUGGACAAUGCCCAGUCGCCAGAGCUUCGCACCUACCUGGCCGGCCAGAUCGCCAGAGCCUGCGCCAUCUUCUGUGUGGAUGAGAUUGUGGUGUUCGAUGAAGAGGGCCAAGAUGCCAAGACUGUGGAGGGAGAAUUCAGGGGAGUCGGCAAGAAGGGGCAGGCGUGCGUGCAGCUGGCCCGGAUCCUGCAGUACCUGGAGUGUCCACAGUACCUGAGAAAGGCGUUCUUCCCCAAACACCAGGAUCUACAGUUUGCAGGGCUCCUGAACCCAUUGGACAGCCCUCACCACAUGCGUCAGGAUGAGGAAUCUGAGUUCCGAGAGGGCGUCGUAGUGGACCGGCCCACCCGGCCAGGCCAGGGCUCCUUUGUCAACUGCGGCAUGAAGAAGGAGGUGAAGAUUGACAAGAACUUGGAGCCCGGCCUCCGGGUGACGGUGCGACUGAACCAGAAGCAGCUCCCAGAAAGCAAGACCUACCGUGGAAAAGUCGUGUCAUCACAGGACCCUCGCACCAAAGCUGGUCUCUACUGGGGCUACACGGUCCGACUGGCCUCCUGCCUCAGUGCUGUGUUUGCUGAGGCCCCCUUCCAGGACGGGUAUGACCUGACCAUUGGGACGUCAGAGCGAGGCUCAAAUGUGGCCUCUGCCCAGCUUCCCAGCUUUAGGCACGCUCUCGUGGUGUUCGGGGGCCUCCAGGGGCUGGAAGCUGGAGUGGACGCCGACCCCAACCUGGAGGUGGCCGAGCCCAGUGUCCUCUUCGAUCUGUACGUCAACACCUGUCCCGGCCAGGGCAGCCGCACCAUCCGCACGGAGGAAGCCAUCCUCAUCUCCCUGGCUGCCUUGCAGCCUGGCCUCACCCAGGCGGGUGCCCGGCCCAGUGAAAGGUCCUGCCAGACCCAGGACAGUGAAGAAGCAGCGGUGAAGCCAGAGGUUCCUGCGCAUCACCUGGGACAGACAGCCAAGACUUGUCUCCAAAAAUAACCACCUUUAAUACAAGCCAUCCCCCAGUCUGGCUGGGCUGCCGCCCUCACUCGCUGCCUGCAGUGAUGGCCUUCAGGCUGCCUGCUCGCGCCAG